AUGUUUCAUGACACUUUUUUUUUUCUUCUUUUCUUUUGGUGGCGUUCUGCGCUGUGGGUGCACGACGACGUAUCGGGCGGCUCUCCUCGACAGAGCGAGCGCCAUGCCUUUGGAGGGGACGCAGUGGCGAAGGCGGCAGGAGAGACAAAGGCGGAGUGCUCUCAAGCGGUGACGCAGCCAUCGUGCUCCGCGUCGGCUGGGCGAGAUAGCCAGGAUCCCGCCUUGUCGAGCAAUCAUGAGGGCCGGGGCCAGGCACCUGUCGUCCAGGAGGCUCCCUCGUUGUCGCCCACGGCGUCACAGGCGACUACGACGGCAUCAGAGCUGGCGAGUCUUGUCCGAGCACGCAACGAGCGCUGGGCGGAGCUGCGGGCUGCUGGGCGGCGGGCGUGGGAGGAGGUGAAGCAGCAUACGCAGGCUGCCUGUGACGCCGUGGUGAGUGGCGCCAACGCCGAGGUGCUCGCCGCGUUCGCACGUGAGAAAAAGAUUGAGACGGAAUUAAAGGCAGUUGCUGCGUGUUCUGCUCAGCUGCAGAUGCAGAUGUCAGCGUGGACCACACUGUUUGGGAAGCUCAAUACCGAGCUGAAGGAAAUGGGCGAUGUAUCGAAUUGGGUCCGGAGCAUCGAAGAGGACCUUGCGGAAACCGUGCACGUGCUGGAGGAGCUGUCGGAGCAAAAAUGA